GAGUUUCACAGCAGAACUGUGGGUGUCAGUUCAAACAUCGUUUCCUCUGAACAGCUCCAACCACACAGCGCACUGACAACAAAGCUCGCAAACGUCUUUCAAAUUUCUCAUCUUCCUUAUUCCUAAUGUCAUCAGCAACAAAAGCUUCCUCGCCAUCGCCAGCGGCUUCCGUCGUCUCUGCCGCCGCGCCCUACGACCGCGCUAAAGCCGUGAAAGAGUUCGACGAAUCUAAGGUUGGAGUGAAGGGUUUGAUGGACUCGGGAAUCCAAACCAUUCCCCCUUUCUUCGUUCACCCACCCGAAACCCUAUUGGACCUCAAAUCGAAACCGGAAGCCGAAUCCGCGCCCGAAAUCCCCACGGUCGACCUCUCCGCCUUGCAGGGCUCACGCGCCGCCGUCGUGGAAAAAAUCCGGCGGGCCGCCAGCACGGUGGGGUUCUUCCAGGUGGUGAACCACGGCAUCCCCGACGACCUUUUCCGGCGAACCCUCGCGGCGGUGAAGGCGUUUCACGAGCAGCCGCCGGAGGAGAGGUCGCGGGUGUACCGUAGGGAAAUGGGACAUGGCGUAUCCUAUAUUUCCAACGUGGAUCUCUUCCAAUCAAAAGCUGCCAGCUGGCGCGACACUAUUCAGAUUAGGAUGGGGCCGACCGCAGCGGAUUGGAACGAGAUUCCGGAGGUGUGUAGAGAAGAGGUGACGCAGUGGGACAAGGAAGUGGUGCGCGUGGCUGCGGUGUUGUAUGAGUUGCUCAGCGAAGGGUUGGGAUUGGGUGCGGAGAGGCUCACCGAGAUGGGUUUGGUUGAAGGGAGAGUGAUGGUGGGACAUUAUUACCCGUUUUGCCCUCAGCCUGAUCUUACUGUGGGCCUUAAUUCUCACGCGGAUCCAGGGGCAUUGACGGUAUUACUGCAGGACCAUAUUGGAGGCUUGCAGGUUCAGACCAAACAAGGUUGGAUCCAUGUCAAGCCUCACCCUCAAGCUUUGGUCAUCAACAUUGGAGAUUUGCUUCAGAUAAUUUCUAAUGAGGAAUAUAAGAGUGCUCAUCAUCGGGUGUUAGCCAACUAUUCUAAUGAGCCACGAGUCUCAGUUGCUUUUUUCCUGAACCCUAGUGAAAGAGAGAGGGUUUUUGGACCUUUGCCAGAGCUAACAUCAGAAGAGAAACCAGCCCUUUAUAGGAGUUUCACGUUCAAUGAAUUUAUGACCAGAUUCUUCAAGAAAGAAUUGGAUGGUAAAUCCUUGACAAAUUUCUUCAGGCAGUGAUGCACACAUAGCACCUGUUGCUGCUUUUGAUACAUGUGUUGUUAGAAACUUCAUUUAUGAAAUAGGUUGAUAUGUAUUUGUGCCACUACAUUUAACAAUUGUGAACAAAAGUGCUCCGUAUUAAUGAUAUCAUACAUGUUGUUCCUUCGUUUCAUGACAUCCUUAUCAUGUGCUGCUUUUUGGAAUUACAAAUUCUAAGCCAAAGUUGC